AUGGCCGGGGGCUUCGCAAGCAGCGAUCUGGGCAAGAGGGCGAAGCUCUACAAUGGGCGCAUCACCAGCUACUUUAUCUUGGCUUGUCUGGUGGGAUCCCUCGGCGGGUCCCUCUUCGGAUACGAUCUCGGAGUUUCUGGUUAGCUUCUUCUUCUUCUUCUCCUUUUUGGAUCGAAUCUGGUCUCUUGGGUGGAUGAAGGAGAAAUUCUUCUUACGGGGAUUCUGCAUCGAUGCAGGCGGCGUGACGUCCAUGGACGACUUCCUCAAGGAGUUCUUCCCGACGGUGUACCGGAGGAAGCAGGCCCACCUGCACGAGACGGACUACUGCAAGUACGACAACCAGCUACUCACCCUCUUCACAUCCGCCCUCUACUUCGCCGGUCUCCUGUCCACCUUCGGGGCCUCGCCGGUGACCAGAAAGUACGGGAGAAGAGUCAGCAUCAUGGUCGGCGCCGUCAGCUUCUUCUGCGGCGGCGCCGUCAACGCGGCGGCGGUGAAUAUCGCCAUGCUCAUCCUCGGCCGGAUUCUUCUCGGCGUUGGGAUCGGUUUCGGCAACCAGGCGGUCCCUCUUUACCUCUCCGAGAUCUCCCCGCCCAAGAUCAGAGGCGCCGUCAACCAGCUCUUCCAGCUGACGACUUGCUUGGGAAUCCUAGUAGCCUACAUCAUAAACUACUUCACGGAGCGGAUCCACCCCUGGGGGUGGCGGCUGUCGCUGGGCCUGGCCUGCGUGCCGGCGACGGUCAUGUUCGUCGGAGGCGUCUUCCUCCCGGAGACCCCGAACAGCCUUGUUGAGCAGGGAAGGCUGGAGGAAGCCAGGCGAAUUCUGGAGAAGGUGAGGGGAACCCAGAAGGUGGACGUCGAGUUCCAGGACCUGAAGGAGGCCAGCGAGGCGGCGCGGGCGGUGAAGCAUCCGUUCAGGAACCUCCUCCGGCGGAAGAACCGCCCCCAGCUAGUCAUUGGAGCACUGGGCAUCCCGGCGUUCCAGCAGCUCUCCGGCAUGAACUCGAUCCUCUUCUAUGCGCCGGUGAUCUUCCAGAGCUUGGGGUUCGGCUCCGGCGCCGCCCUCUACUCCUCCAUCAUCACCGGCUCCAUGCUCGUCCUCGGCGCGCUGGUUUCCAUGGCCACCGUCGAUCGAGUGGGAAGGAGAGCGCUGUUCAUGGAAGCUGGCAUACAGAUGAUCCUGUCCAUGGUGAGUACCGCCCAAAAGGCCUCUCCACCGCUGCCACCGGGGUCUUGGGAACGACUGACUGACUGAGGAGAUUUCUUUGGUGGGUUCUCGCAGGUGGUCGUCGCAGUGACUCUGGCGCUGAAAUUCGGCCACGGCGAGAGCCUAUCGAAAGGCCUAGCAGCGCUACUCGUGGUGGCGAUCUGUGCCUUCGUGGUAGCCUACGGGUGGUCGUGGGGACCGCUGGGGUGGCUGGUUCCCAGCGAGAUCUUCCCCCUGGAGACGAGAUCGGCAGGGCAGAGCAUGGUGGUCUGCGUCAACCUCUUCUUCACCGCCGCCAUCGCCCAGUGUUUCCUCGCCUCGCUCUGCCACCUCCGGUGGGGGGUCUUCCUACUCUUCGCCUCACUGAUCGUCAUCAUGAGCCUCUUCAUCUUCUUCCUCCUGCCGGAGACGAAGCAAGUCCCCAUCGAGGAGAUGUUCCACCUCUGGGAGGACCACUGGUUCUGGAAGCGGAUCGUGCUCUCUGAUGGCGGCGACGAGAAGCCUCCGCCGCCGAACAAGCCAGCUCCACAAUAG